CUAUACGUUUCAGAAUUUUUCCUAUUCAAGAAAACUAUCUUACCCACUCCAUUUCUGUAUCCCAAUUGUAUUUUCUACUUUUUCUUUAGAAUCCAUCUUAUAAAGCUUGAUUCUUUUCUAUUUUGCUGAAAAUCUUUGGUGGGUUUGCCUUUUCUAUUCUUGCUACUUACUGGGAAGCUAUAACAUCUUGCGGAACUAACUUGAGUACCUAUUCUCCAAUGGACUUGAAAUCUAUAUCAUGGGUUGGAAACAUAUACCAAAAAUUUGAAACUAUGUGUUUGGAGAUGGAAGAGGCUAUGUACCAGGAUACACAAUGGGUAAUCAGUGACUUGGAUACGCAAUGACUUGGUUGGUUGCACCUUUUCGCUGAUAGAUGUGGAGUUUGAUUGGAGGAAGAGUGUAAAAAGACUGAUUGAUACUUUCAUUGCCCUUACCUUCCUCUAUGUUGUUACACUUUCUGUAACAGUUUGGAAAUAUUACAUGUUGGAACUUACUCAAGGGUGAUAGGCACAAAUGCAGACAUCUUGAUGGACUAUACCAUCAAAAACCAUUCUUACUAAUACUCAUUGAUGCAUAGUAGCUUUGUACGUCUAGCUCUACCUCGACUGGCAAAGAAGUGCUUUUCUGAGGAAGGAUGACAUACAUCCUCAUCAUGGUAUUGAAACAAAUGACAGCAUAUCACCAUGCAUCAUUAACAGUGGUCUGUCAAUUUUGAUCAAUAACGUCUCUGGAUAUGUUAAAAGGACACUGUUAAAUAUGUUGAGAAUCAGGUGAACACUGUUGGUACAAAUGUCAAGAGAUUCUGUUCUGAGGUGAUGCAAGAUGUUCAUCCUCAAUGUAAUAUUGAUCCUGUGAAAGUCGCAGCUGCUGACUUGUCUAUUAACCCUUAUGCUCACUAUGAAAUUGACAAGAAGUUGAAAGCAAAUCUUAAAGGAAGUGCCAGACGUUUUAGUAACAAAUUAAAUGAUGACACUCAAGUGAUCAAGGGGAAGAGCAAAAGUGGAGGAGUCUAUAAACGUCAAAAUGUGGGAAUCAAAGAAAUUGUUAGAGACAGCCACCCAGCUAAGAAGCCUAAUGCUAUUUGUCUUGCAUCAGGGGAUGCACUAAAAUUAUCUUCAAGUGCUGAGGUUAGGGGUGGUUUUGAAAUGGCAUCUGAUCAUGUGACCCUGACUUCAGCUCUGGCCUCAGUUAAAGGAUCUGACUCUGGAGAAGCAGCAAGUAAAGUUCGCGAUCACUUUAUACAAACUAAUGUGUCUGCAGCUGAUACUUCAAUUACUUCUGAGGCUUCUGUUACGAUGUCUGUUGAAUCUGUCAGGAAGAAACAAACAGAUACUUGUACAAAGGAGUUAGCAUGUAAUACAAGAUACAAAAUUAGCAGUAAUGUUCGGAACAAUUUAGCUAAUGAGGAGAUCAAUGAGUCCCAUGAAGAAAAGUCAGAUAAUUUGUCUUCUGAUAUGUCCAAGUAUGACAGCACUGAGUCAGAUUUGGAAAUUGUUGAGAAAUUUGAUGAAUCCCAGUUGGAUGAAACAUGUGUCCUGGUUGAAGAGGACAGGAUUCAUGUUCCACAUGGUCCUGUCAAAAAGAAGUCCUAUAAGAAUAAGCUUCGGGAAGCUUUCUCCACGAAAAAGAGGUUGACAAGGAAAGAGUAUGAACAACUUGGAGCACUAUAUGGUGAUCAACAAUUCAACCUAGAGGCUGAGGACAAGGUGAUGCCUGUUCUUGCCAUGAAUUCAAACACAAAAAUGUUGUCUGCUAAUGAUCAUCCUGAAUCUGAGUGGGAGAUUUUAUAGUUCUGAUGAUACUGUAAAUAGUAUUAUUGCUUUUCCAAUCAAUCCAUGGCGUCCUAGAGAGUGAUAUUAUUAUGCAUUAUUCUCUUAUAAAAUUGCAUAAAGUAUCAGCAAUCCGUUCCUCUAGUAGAGCUAGCCAGAAAAUAAUACGUAGUGGUACCUUGAAGAACCAACCCAUAUAUGAGGUAUGGCCAUCUUGUAGCCAAUCUUCAUAAAUUAAUAUAUAUAUAUGGAAACUUUUUACA